GAUCUCCCUUGAUCCAACUCCGUCUGCCUUGAUCUGCCGCCGCCGAGACUGCACCGUCGGCCUUCCUGUCGUUCGCACUAAUUCUCCAUGAAGCAAGUCAUCCCUGGAAACUUUGGCCUCGCUGCCGACCCCGACCCCGGCAAGCUGGUCUUCAGCAACCCCGAAGGCAGCGUCGUGACCGUCCAGGUUCUCGACCACCACCUCGUGCGGGUCACCCACUUCCCCCCAACCAGCCGUGCCGACUCGUCCAGCCCGACCUUUGUCGUCAACGGAUUGCCUGUUCCCCAAGCCGGGGCAUCCGUCAAGUCCUCUCGAACCGCCCCUGGCCUUCCGCGCACCCAGCUUGGCGAUCUGUUUCCCUGCCCAAAGCCAACUCGCCAUGAGGCCGCCAUCGUAUCCGGCAGGACUGCAAGCCUCUCGACCGAUCUCAUUCGCGUCGAAUGCACCCUCCACCACGGCGAUCUGACUCUUCGAUGGUUCGAUCUGUCUCGCUCGGGCGGCGACACCCCAUUCCUCGAAGAUCUGGCCUUCCGCGGCUAUCCGUUCGAACGCAGCCUGGAUGGAGGCGUCUAUCACUACACCAAGCGCAACCCGAUCCACCGCUAUUUCGGCCUCGGCGAGCAUUCCGGCCCGCUGGCCCUCAACGGCAAGCGCUUCCGCCUCGAGGACAUGGACGCCUUGGGCUACAAUGCCGAGUCUACCGACCCGCUCUACAAGGUCUGUCCCUUCUACAUCACCAUGCUCCUCGAUCACGACCAGCAAGCCCGCACCCCACACCAGGAUCCCUUUGCCUUUGGCCUCUACUACGACAACCUGAGUGCCGGCGCCAUCGACUUUGGCAGCGAGAUCGACGCCUUUUGGGGCUCCUACAAUGUGUAUCGGUCCGACUACGGACCGCUCGACUACUACGUCAUUUCUGGCGCUGCCCACAGCGCCGCACCGACCCAGCCAGCCCUCCAAAACGUUGUCGAGCGAUACGCCCAGCUGGUUGGGAGACCGGCCCUGAUCCCUCGCUUUGCCUUGGGCUAUCUCGCCAGCUCGAUGGGAUACGCCGAUGCCGAGAACGCCCAAGCUCUCCUGGAGGACUUUCCGCGCAAAUGCCAGGAGCACGACAUUCCUUGCGAUCUGAUGCACCUAUCAUCUGGAUACACCGUGAGCCCAUCGGAUGGAUGUCGGAAUGUCUUUACCUGGAACAAUCGUCGCUUCCCGGGCCCUAGAGGAAUGGUGCAAACCAUGCUGAAGCACGGUAUCCGUAUCGCUGCCAACGUCAAGCCAUGGUUUCUGAAGAACCAUCCUGAUUAUCAGUCGGGCAAGGAGAGCGGGGCCUAUAUCACGCAUCACUCGGGCAGUGGCCCGGCCGAAACACGACUCUGGAGCUCCGGAGCAGGCGACUCGGGCCUCGGAAGCUACUUUGACUUCACCAGCAAAGGCGCUCUCGACAUCUGGAAAGCCGGUGUGCGCAGCUUGCUCGAUCUGGGUAUCGUCGGCAUCUGGAAUGACAACAACGAGUUUGCCCUCCCAGACGAUGGCGAUUAUGUCGCUCUGCGCGCCGGCGGCUCCGCUGACCGACGCCUCACUGUGGGCGAGACCGGCCGGCCCCUGCAGACUCUGCUCAUGGCGGCGGCAUCAUUCGAAGCCAUGGUCGAGCACGCUCCGUCUCGAAGACCCUUUCUCAUCACCCGCUCGAGCUGUCCUGGCGUCCAGCGCUACGCCGUCCAAACCUGGUCCGGCGACAAUGCCACAAGCUGGCACACGCUCAAGCACAACAUCCCCAUGGGACUGAGCUGCGGGCUCUCGGCUCUGCCGAUGGGGUAUGGUCACGAUGUCGGAGGAUUCUGCGGGCCCCAGCCUGGGCCAGAGCUGCUGGUUCGCUGGGUCCAGAAUGGCAUCUUCCAUCCUCGCUUCUGCAUCCAUUCGUGGAAACAAGAAGGCGUGACGGAGCCGUGGAUGUACCCCGAGGUCACUCACAUCAUCCGCGACGCCAUACGCUUCCGCUACCGCCUGAUUCCUUACCUCUACUCGCUCCAUGUCGAGACCCACAAGACCGGCCGCCCUGUGAUCCGUCCACUGAUCUUCGACUUUGCCCAGGACCCCAGCUGCUGGGACGAGUCGUUCAACUUUAUGCUCGGGCCGGCUCUGUUGGUGUCGUCGGUCUGCACCGAGGGACAGCGGGAAUCAUCGGUGUACUUGCCUCGACUGGAGCACGGCCAGGUCUGGUUCGAUGUCUGGAGUGGCAAGACCUACGCCAGCGGUACGAAUGCUGUUGUCCAGGUCCCUCUGGAGCAGCACGGGGCCUUGUUUGCUCGCUCUGGGUCGCUAGUUCCCCUUGGCCGAGUGACCCGCCCCAUUCAAGUCGAGCAAGACACCGAACGAACCGUCUGGAUCUUCCCGUCACCCGAGGCCGACACGUCCUUUGGCGAGUUUACACUGGUAGAGGACGACGGCGAAUCGAUCGACGCCCCAUCGACAGUGCUGAAACUGUGGUUCAAGGCCCAAGGCACUGUCGUGGAGGUCGGCUGGGACGUUGUCGAGAGCAAGUUUAAAGUGGCAUUCGAUACCAUUUGGUUUGUGCUGCCCGCUGGCGACACACGCACGCUCGUUGCGCACAAGUCACUGGAGACGAUUGGCCGCAAGACCGACGACCAGCAUCGGGCUGCAAUCGGGCUCGCUCUGAAGAUGUAGAGCGUACCCAAAACUGAAACGGGACACUCUGUUUCGGGGUCCGAGUUGUCGCUGUUUUUCUGGA